UCAGUGUGAAAAGAUGGAUCUUAAAAUCAUACAGUCAUUGUUGGAAAGGGUUAAAAACACAUAAAUGCUGAAAAACCAAAGAAUUUGUGGGACCUGAAGGAUUUUUCUGAUGAACAACAGACAGUUUACAGGACAAACAAGGGACUCGUGAACAACUAUCACUGAACACAGCUGUGGAUCAUUCAUGUAACAGUAUUAAGAAUCAAGUGUAUGUAAACUUUUGAACAAGGUCGUUUUUUAAUAAAAUCAACUAUUAUAAACAUCUUUUAUGUGCAUAUAGCAUUAUAUGAAAUUUUGAUUAUAAUGUAAUACAUUUGCCUUUUUUUAUUUUCCAAGUUUAGCAUAUGCAUUUUUAAUAAAUUAAUUAAUUGUGUAUACUUUUAGGUUGAAAAUAUUCCAAAUAGCACUAGAGGGCUUGAUGUUAAAAACAGUAAUGAAGCAGGAAAAAAAAGGUUCAUGCUGGGUAGGAGUGAAAAAUCACACAUUACCUGAUGACUCAUAUCUGUAGGUUCCCACAUCGGGACUGGGCUUCUCCCUCUCUCAGUGUAGUCUGGUCUGGGACAGACAGCGGCGGGCUGGAGAGGCCUGCAGAGGUGUCACUUCACACCUCUGAGGCCUGAAGCUGCUAUAAAGCCUCCCUGCAGCAAACCCUCCGGCAUCACUGACUCUCAAACCACACAGAAUGGACAUGUCUUCUCCUUUCUUCAACUACUUCACACAGAACUCCUGGAGCUGCCCGAGCUCAGACUCUGAAUUCUACAACAUCUCAUCUCCUGAAGCUGUUUCUCCUACUUCCUACAUGGACUUCUCUCCUUCAUCACAUCUUCAAAACAAUUCCUCUUCACCUCCUGGAGGUGCAAAGGCACCCACGUCAGGUUCCUUACAUCAAGAUGGCGCACGUUCCCGUGUUGGAACUAGAAGAACGCGUUGCAAGAACCCAAGCAAGCAAAGACAGAGCGCCAGUGAGAAGGAGAAGCUCAGAAUGAGGGAUUUGACCAAAGCUCUCCACCACCUCAGGACUUACUUACCUCCUUCCGUGGCUCCUGUCGGCCAAACCUUGACGAAGAUUGAAACCCUUCGCCUCACCAUCCGCUACAUUUCCUAUUUGUCUGCUCAACUAGGCCUCAGCGAAGAGUCUCUCUGCCAGAUGAGGGACCUGAGAGCUUCUAGAUACCAAGGAUCACCUCAAAACCAAGGCUAUUCAACACCAGAGUACUGGGGAUUCAGCACAUCACAUCCAGAACUGUCUCAAAGCACCUUCAGAGCUUCAGAGCAUGUCUUGAGGAAGACAGAAAUGGAUUGUCAUCAGGUCUGCAUGAGCAUGGAAACUCCUGCUUAUGACGAUUCCUUCAACUCCAGCUCUGAAUCUCUUCUGGAAUGCCCUUUGUAUGCAGAUACAGCCACAACAUACCAGGGCUACAACAAAGCUGUCCACUAUCCGAUUGCACCGGAAUUCUGGGGAUGAAACUCUCAUCGGAUUUUUUAUACUUUUAAAACUUUUCAAAUAUAUUUUUCAUGGACU